AGGGGGGCGAAGUAUGUUUCCAAGGCAACUUGCUCUUGCUUUGAUGAUAAAAUAAAGUGCUCUGAGCGCACAUACGAUUGCUGAACGAGACCAGGAUGGCCACCCUUUCUCCUUCUCAUAGAAGUUGCAUCAAGUUUAGUAGUGCUGAAUCUUGUGUAAACAGAGUUGUGUUCCAUUUGAGUAUUCUAAAAGAUCAGUUACAAGAAAUUAACAGACUCCUAGAUGCCUCGAAAAAUAACCAGGAACCUGAAUUUUUGGUUAAAGUAGAUGGAUUUUCAAAGGUUGGCACAAAGAAUGCAGUGAGAUCAAGUUCUCCUAGGCUGGUUAUUGAAGGAGUAACCACUGGGAUACCAAUAGAAAAUCUGACAGUGAAAAAGACUGCCAAGCAAGAGAAAUUCGAUAGAAAUGAAGUUGUCGGCGGAGCUGUAAUACUAGUCGCUCGUUUGGAGCAAGACAGGCAAGAAACAUUGAGCAGCAUGACAAAGGAAAGAGAGAGAGUAUUUUGCCUAAGUAAAGGUUUGGAUAAAGAAUGUGCGAGAAGGCUCAACUUGCUACCGAGUGUUGUACAAGCAGAACAUGAUGAGCUUUUAAGAGACUUGAUGGAAUUGAGGUGGCAUGUCAAGUUCAAUAGACGUCAGCUGGAUCGCGUGAAGAAUGACUUAAAACUAAGAAGGCUCAAGAAUAGUGAAUUAAAGCACUCUGUUGAUUACUAUGUGGAAAACUGCCCGUUGUUGGAAGAAAAACUGGUCAUCGAGAGUUUACGUACGUCAGCAAUUGCCAGAGAUCAGCAAAGUACACUUGACCAACUCAACCAAGCCAAGCAUUCCCUCUCUCAGACUGAAGACAGGUCUAACAGAGUGCACAAGCGUGUCAACCGAGAAAGGAAUGAUAUUGAGAACACACUGGAUGAAGCUAGGACGGUUUUAAUCACUUCAGAGGCUAAACUAAAGGAUGCAAUUAUAGAAGCCUCUUCUAUAACUCAUCGGAUAAACAAUUGUUGUGCUAAGGUAUCAUCAAAUCAAAAAGAUAUGGAAAGUCUUGAUGGUAAAAUGGUUACUACCAUGGGCUUUCAGUCUCAAGUUGAGAGUAGAGUUGCUCUUUUUCAUGAGAGCUUCUCUUCCAUGGAGAGCGCUCAUCUAGAUCUGGAGCGAAAGUUAGAGAAACUUCAUCAAAAGAAACAAUCUGAGCAUGGUACACUUAAUGCGGAGUAUGUGCUACUGAUGGCAAAUAUGCAGAAAAGGAACCACAAACUUAGGGAAGCAAGAGAAUCUAAGGAAGAUUUGCAGCACUCAAAUGACACACUGAAAGAAAACAUUGCCCUCUUCAAUAAACAGACACAAGUCGAUGAAAAAUCUAUUGAGAGGGCCAGUAGGGAGUUAGUCAAACUGGAUGAGCAGAUGGGAGUCUCAGUUGCUCAGUUUACAAAGGUGCGAGAAGAGCAUGUCUAUCUGUCUGACCAGCUUAAAACUGAUGAAGCGAAGGCAGGGAACAUAGAGCAUUCUUUAAGAACUAAACUAGAAGCUCUCAAGCAACAAAUAAAAGGGGAAGGAAGAACUCGAAGUAUGUAUGAUGGCAAAGUUCAAGCAAGCAGUGCUGAGCUUGAUAAGAUGAAAGCAGAGUUCAAACAGCAAGCUGAUAAAGCCGAGAGAUUGGAAAUCCAAAGCCAGAAGCAGAGCUAUGAACAGACUGACAUUGUCAAUAAAUUGGAAAAGAAACGAGAUAGCCAGCUAUUUCAAGAUGAAUCAUUGAAAUCCCAGCUGCGAAUUAUGCAGACUGAACACAUUGCUGUUGAGAAGGAUCUCACUGAGAAUAUAAGCCUCUUGUCCCAGCAAGAACUAGAUCUUUCUGGAAAAAUUCAAUCAAAGGUUUCUAGGGUUGAAAACAUAUCCAAGAGGAUAAAGGUGCUACGACGAAAACUUGAAGAUACUAUCAAGUCUACGGCCAUGCUGGAUAAAAUGGAAACCUCGACUAAUGCAGUUAUUGACAAACUACAGUCACAGCUUCUUCAUUUGAGAGAAAGGUUAGCAGCUGAAAAAGAAGAAGAGCAGUAUUGCAAAGAAGAGUACAAGGAAAUAUCCAAUUUCUCGAGUGAUACUGAUGAGAAACACUCCAAAUAUCUUGAAAAGAGGUCUGAACUUCUGAAGCAAUGCAGGGUGAACCUGUUUAAAGCCCAUGCUUGUAACACAUUGUUAGCAGAAGAGUACAGAAGACUUCAGUAUGACUUUAUAUCAGUAAAAACAUUGGCCCUACAAGUUGUUGAGAAGAAGCUAGUGAUGGAAGAAUCAUUAAGGGAUCACAAGCAGCUGCAGGCCUUCCAGUCCUGCAUCUAUGCUUCAAUGAAAGUGUACUAUGAACACAGGGGGAGCCAAGGGUGGAAAGAUGUCACCUACUUUCAUGAAAAGUCUAAACACAAUGCAAGGCAGUAACACAGUGCGUUAUGGCCUAAUCCCAGGUGGGGGAGGAGUCUGUAUCUCUCCCGCUCCCCCCUGCAUGUAUGAAGCCCUGUCAGAGGUAGUGCGGGUGGCUAUAGAUAAGAUAAUUAUAGGCAUUGGGAAAUUAUGCUUUUUAUUUUGCCUAUAAAUUAUUCUUUUUGACUAUAAUUAUUCUCAGCGUACCCAUUAUUCCAUGCAGUCAAUGAAAAGACAAUUAUUUUAUUACUGUAGUUGUAUCGAUAGCACUGUACCUGCAUGAGGUAUAUAGCCUAUAGCCUCAUUGUCUCUAUAGCUAUAGUGUUCUUCAACUUAAAAAAAAAAAAUCAGUCCGGGACCAAGGCUAUACCUGAGGUAGCAUUUAUACAGAAAGUGAUAAU